CCCGCUCCACCUCACAGUCAAGCCGGGCCGAGCGGAGCUGGACGGGAACCGGGGCUCUGCCGCUGAGGCGCGGGGCCCUCAGGAACCCGGGAGGCCCCGGGGCCUGGGCACGGGUCACCGGCCAUGUCGCCGUGCGCCCUGCAGAGAGAGCUCAGGGGGGGCAGCGAGCGGACAGCUUUGUGGAGGGAGCGGCCCGGCCUCCUCGCCGCCUCCAGGGGGCGCCCGCACCCCGCGGGGAAGGAGCAUGAACGGACCAUGCCACUGUCCCCUGCCCUUCUGAGGCCUUCUGGAACCUUCUGCCCCCCAGCGCCUGCCCUUCUGGAACCUUCUGCCCCCCAGCGCCUGCCCUUCUGGAACCUUCUGCCCCCCAGCGCCUGCCCUUCUGGAACCUUCUGCCCCCCAGCGCCUGCCCUUCUGGGACCUUCGGCCCUUGGGGGUGGGAGCAGGCCUUGGCAGGGCCAGGCUCCGCUGGAGAUGACUGUCCUCCUGGCCUUUCUCCUGGCCGUGGGCCUGCCGUGGGUGGAGACCAACGUCACCGGGACCGGGAGACAAGGCGCCAUGCAGUGUCACUCCUGCGAGGAAUUCUACACUUUGACUUGCACUAAGCCCACCAGAUGUGACCCCGGCAACGUGUUCUGUGUGACCGUCAUCGUGAGGAUGCUGGUGCGUUACUUCUAUGUGUCCAGGCAGUGCACUCAGUACUGCCCAGUAAUCAAACCCUUCGACGUGCUGCCGUCCUACAAGUCCUAUGUCCUCUUAAAGCCGACGCCUUUCCUCUAUGCCUCCUGCUGCCGGACGCCGCUGUGCAACACAGACAGCCCGACCAUCAACGACACCGAGUGGCACUACUACAGAGAGGCGGGAGGCGCCCGCGCCCUGCGCAGCGGCGGUGCCGGGCUGGUGCUGCUCCUGACACUCGCUGCGGUGUCCCUGGGCCUCAGACGGUCCUGAGCGCAGGGCCGCACGCUGGGCCCCUGCAUGCUCAGAAGUUGUCCCUCUCCGGGGGGUGGGGGGGG